AUGGGUGCUUAUAUUAAUGGAUUCUACGUCUUUUCUCCCGUCUCCGCAAACGACCGUGCCGGUAUACUAUAUGUCGCGACCAUCUUGAGUCUGAUUUUCUCUGUCAUCACCCUCAUUGUUCGUUAUCAUAUCCAAAGAAGGACCUUUGGACUUGAUUUUUGGAUCAUCUUUGCUGCCACGGUAUGCACUCCGGGAUCGUGGUUGCGAGGCUUUCAUGUACUGAUCGGCGCUUGCUUANNGGUCGUCGCGCUGGGCCAAUAUGCAGCCAUCUUUGUAGGGCUGAACAAUUAUGCGCUGGGUAAGGCGGUGUCGCUCAUGUCGGAGAGCGAUCAAUUGUAUGCAGGCAGGGUAUGUUUACGACUUUCGAUCUAUUCUCUCACCAGCAUCGAUCUGACUUGCUGUAUANNGUCUGCCAUCGCCAGUAUCUGUCUUUUCCUCAUUUCCAACGCGCUCUCGAAAUGUUCGGUCAUCUACUUCAUGAAGCGUCUCUUCUCUACAGACAACAGGACUGCGCGAAUCCUCUGUAACAGUCUUUUGGCCUUGGUCGGCAUCUGGACAUUGGCUUCAAUACUAGGAUUGAGCAUUUCCUGCGGUGCCGCCACAAAGUUUGCACUGGAGCAUCGAUGUAGUGGACAGAUCACACGCUGGACCGUAGUGGCAACCUUCGACUCCCUCUUCGAAGUCGCAAUCUUCGUGCUGAGCAUCAUCCUCGUGGUGCCCCUCCAAAUGACCACCGAGAUCAAAGCUUCAGUCAUUUUUGCCUUUUCCUGGCGCCUGAUUGUCGCCAUAUUCGCUAUCAUCCACGUCUACUACGUUUCCCAAUGGUCGUCUUCUUCCGACCCUGGCAUCGCUACCGUAUACUCUCUCCUCUGGCAACAAAUAGAGUUGGGCUAUGCACUCAUGGCCGCCACAAUACCCACUUUACGCUCGUUUAUCCGCGGCUACGAGAAAGCCAUGGGUUGGGAAAGCAGCUACUAUAUCCGCAAUACAGCAUCGCGCUCUUACCAAUUAUCAGCCAUCACAAAGAGCAGGCAUGAAGAAGAGGGCGACGGUCAAGCGUUCGGAUUGCAGAGAAUAGAGACAAACGACAGAGAAUUGCGGCCAGACAAACAAGGCUAUAAAGCCCAGAUCUAUGGGCCGCAAGGUCUAAACAGCAUUAGCGAAAACAAUGUGCCCAGAAGGACGAAAAGCUCUUCUAGUGGCGAGAGUCAGGAACCGAUUAUUCGCAAGGAUGUAGAGAUACAGGUUAGCUCUGAGGCAGCGCAUUAG